UGAGAUAAUAUGUGUUCUUUUUCAAGGUUGAUAUUAGGUUUGAUGACGACCACGGCGUUCUUGUCCAUGUGGAUCAGCAACACGGCUGCGGCGUCUAUGAUGAUCCCGAUCAUAAUGGCUGUGAGCAAAACUGUGAAGGACGUUCGAAUAAAAUCAGCACGGGCUGCGGCCUCUUCCAAUGGCCAAGCAAAUGAGGCUUUUCAGAUGACAGGUACAGACAAGGGCGAUGUAAAGGACACAAGUCAUCAAAACCACAUCGUUUCUACAGAAGAGCCGUCCAGUGAGGAGGCGUCGGGUGACGAAUGUUUAUCGAAAGUCGAGAAGGUCGAGCUUGAUCGGUUUUCCAAGGGCCUGGCCCUGAGCGUGGCGUACGGAGCAAACAUCGGAGGCAUCGCCACGCUGACCGGAACUCCACCAAACCUUGUCCUCAAACAAAUCGCAGAUUCGUUCUACAACAUGUAUGGUCAAGGGGAGUCCCCGCUUUCAUUUGCAAAGUGGAUGGGGUUCGCUUUUCCGAUGGCCUUGCUAUGCCUCGUUUUGGCAUGGCUUUUGCUUUCGCUGGUGUUCCUUCGGCUCAGGUUGUCAUUAGGUUUGGUAUUUAGAAUUUAACUGGCAUAACUCCUAGAUUAGCCUUUGCAGCCCGAACAGGCUUAUCAGGGACGUCGCUUUCCGCUGUUAUGUUACGUUUCGACGUUGAACGACGUCUCCUCUAACGACGUCUCCUCUAACAAAAAAUCCAGUCUUGACGGACUGCACAUGCUAACUUGGACGACACUUAAUGCAUAUGAAUUAAGCCCCGUUUUCACAGAACGAGGCUGUUUUAAUAAUGAUAGGAGAUUAAAAAGAAGUUACUAUAUUCCAUAUAUCUGAUUCUGGAUUUGAUUGAGAACACAAGGUUUUAAUUAGAAGGGUUUUUCUUGGAAAACUCGGCUUAAUGCACGUGCGAGAAAUGUCGUACACGAUAAGCCUGUGCAAUUCGCAAAGGCUUAUUUGGGACUACACUUUCCGCUUUUAUGAUAUUUUUGCUUAAAGGACGUCUCCCUUUAACAAAACUCCAGUCUAGGUGGAAAGUCUACUCCUGAUAAUCUUCUGCGGACUGCACAUGAUAGUAUGGGACGAAAAUUUACGCACAUUGAUUAAGUCCUGUUUUCCGACAGCGCGACCAAUUAUUAUGCUAAACAGUAUUUACAUGUUUGAAUAUUUCAUGUUAAAGUAGGUCAAUAAUGUGGACGUUUCCCCUAGCGUAUUAUUUGAAUAUUUCAUGUUAAGGUAGGUCAUUAAUGUGGACGUUUCCCCUAGCGUAUUAUUUGAAUAUUUCAUGUUAAAGUAGGUCAUUAAUGUGGACGUUUCCCCUAGCGUAUUAUUUGAAUAUUUCAUGUUAAAGUAGGUCAUUAAUGUGGACGUUUCCCCUAGCGUAGUAUUUGAAUAUUUCAUGUUAAAGUAGGUCAAUAAUGUGGACGUUUCCCCUAGCGUAUUAUUUGAAUAUUUCAUGUUAAAGUAGGUCAUUAAUGUGGACGUUUCCCCUAGCGUAUUAUUUGAAUAUUUCAUGUUAAAGUAGGUCAUUAAUGUGGACGUUUCCCCUAGCGUAUUAUUUGAAUAUUUCAUGUUAAAGUAGGUCAAUAAUGUGGACGUUUCCCCUAGCGUAUUAUUUGAAUAUUUCAUGUUAAAGUAGGUCAUUAAUGUGGACGUUUCCCCUAGCGUAUUAUUUGAAUAUUUCAUGUUAAAGUAGGUCAUUAAUGUGGACGUUUCCCCUAGCGUAUUAUUUGAAUAUUUCAUGUUAAAGUAGGUCAUUAAUGUGGACGUUUCUCCUAGCGUAUUAUUUGAAUAUUUCAUGUUAAAAUAGGUCAAUAAUGUGGACGUUUCCCCUAGCGUAUUAUUUGAAUAUUUCAUGUUAAGGUUGGUCAUUAAUGUGGACGUUUCCCCUAGCGUAUUAUUUGAAUAUUUCAUGUUAAAGUAGGUCAAUAAUGUGGACGUUUCCCCUAGCGUAUUAUUUGAAUAUUUCAUGUUAAAGUAGGUCAAUAAUGUGGACGUUUCCCCUAGCGUAUUAUUUGUUUCUCAAUGCACUAUUUGUUAUUAGUGCUUUUUUUAAAUCUCUCAUUUCAAUUGGUUAUGUACAAACUUCAAAUGUUGGCAAAUAUUUAUUUAAGAUAACUUCUUUUGUAUUUGGUUUCUUUUAGCUGCUUUCGAAAGAUGGACCCGGAAGCUAAAGUUGCAAUAAGUGGUGUAAUUCGAGAUCAGUUAAAAAAACUAGGUUGGAUAAGUUUGGCGGAGCUACAAGUGUUGAUAAUCUUCAUUUUUCUGGUAGUCCUGUGGUUGUUUCGAGAACCCCCGAACAUAAAAGGCUGGGGAAUCAUAUUUCCUACUGAUAAAAAAGGCAAAAGCUACUUGUCCGAUUCGACGCCAUGUAUUCUCCUGAGCGUUCUACUUUUCUUACUACCCAGUGAACGUCCAAAUGUAUUUGGUUGGUUCAAAGGAGGUACACCAGGCUAUAAGCCUUUAUUGAAAUGGUCGGUCGCUGUAGAGAAACUGCCGUGGGGUGUGAUUGUGCUCCUCGGUGGUGGCUUCGCUAUGGCUGACGCUAGCCAGGUUUCAGGCCUGUCCGAAUGGCUUGGUCACAAACUGAAAUCUCUCGGGGGUCAGGAAACUUGGGUGAUGAAUCUAAUUAUUUCCCUGAUCGUCGCCACUGCAACGGAGGUCUCGAGCAACACGGCCACUGCACAGCUAUUGCUUCCCAUCCUGCUAAAUCUGUCAUUGACAAUCGGCGAAAAUCCCCUAUACCUGAUGAUAUCCUGUACUGUGGCGUGCUCGUAUGCGUUCAUGUUGCCAGUAGCUACCCCUCCAAAUGCAAUCGUGUUCUCGACGGGUCUUCUAUCUAUUCCAGACAUGGCUUUGGUAGGGAUCCCGAUGAAUAUUAUUGGGAUUGCAUGUUUGACAUUGGCAAUCAAUACGUGGGGAAAGGAGAUGUUUGACCUGGGCGAGCUGCAACCUUUUCUGCGUAAUGUGACAGUAAGCAACGACAGCUUGGUUGGACGUUGCAUCUGAUCAACAUUUAACAAAAACACGAAUGCAGAGGACGUGGGUGCUGCGUCCCUUCUUAUUAUAUCACCGAGGUUUAAUUGUCCUCAAUUGGAGAGAUUUCUCAACAGUAGAUUCGUACUUGAUACUUACAUAUCACAGAGCUUGAAUCAACGCAAACUUGACAAUGGAAUACUUAUUAAACUGAUGUGUUUGUUAGGCCACUCCAAAAUAAUCUGUUGGUCGUCGGAUUUGCCGCACCUAUUUUUUCAAAAUGGAAAAAAAUAUUUUACCGCUCGCACUCAUUUUUGUGUCCUUCUGUAACCAUAGCGCAUGUUUUUUGAAUGUGUGAAUAAAAAAGAACGCGAUCUAGCAGAAACGAUUUUGACGCUGAAAACGAAUGCCAAAUAUAGCGUUUUUUUAACAUAUUUAAUCGAUAACUGCAGACACUAAAAAAUUCGAUCGAGACGACAAGCAAAAAUGGCUUCCUGAGCGAGCAGUACAUGUUUCGCUGUCGUGACCGUUUUAACAAAUUGCGGUGAAAAGUUGCUGCAGCCAACCCUAAAAAUAUAAACACAUCUUGUACUUAUUUGAGAGUUUAAUUACGUUCGAACAGACAGAAUAUGUAGGCAAAUUAUUCCUUAACACAAUUUUAAGUGAACAAAAAUAAACAUAAAAUCAUUAAAUGUUGGUUCUACACGUUUCACAUGGACAAUGUUUUAUAAUUUUUAAAAUACAUGGUUGACGGAACAUGUUUAACAGCUAGGUCCGUGUAUUUCAGAAACAUCAAAUAAGUUAUUUGUAAUGUAUAAAUUUAUUUCAGAAAAUUACAGUACCGUACUAGCCAUCGAUAUACCCCUUUUAAAAGAAGGUAGCGACAAUGGAUUAUAUGCAUGGCCUUUGUCCGACUGUCUGUCAUUAUCAUUUUGAUGACUGUCCCUCUUCAAGUGCUAUUGCAACAAGGUGCAUGUAUACCUUUUCACAGCUUGCAACAUGGUAUACCUUUUCACAGCUUUCACUGUUCAAAACUUCAAACAAAUAUAAGCAGCAGUAGGUAGACAUUUGUCCCUCACUUCAAUGAUAUGGUUACAUGUAUAUUUCGUGGUCAAAGGUCAUAUGCAACUUACUCCUAUAAAUAUGAGGUCGAUAUAUAUUUUUUGUAUAAGAAUUGAUUUAAAUGUAAAAUAUAGCUGUUUAAACCUGUAUCUCUCGAUAAUGCAAUAUUUUUCUAUCGAAAUGUGAUUUUUUUUUAUUCUCCUUUCUUCGCUCGCUCGAGAAUUUUUCUGUUUAAAAAAUAAAUAUUUUUUUCGCUCGCUUCGUCAACUUUUUUACAAAAGAAUCCGUAGACCAACACAUAAAUUUGGAGUGGCCUUAUGUGUUAUUUAAAAUAUGCUUCAGUUCGUGCUUUUUAUUACGGGACCCAUACGCAUGAUUACGAAUAUGAGAGAUGUACUAACGUUAUUUAGGAUGCACAAACUUGUAUUUAUAAAUAUUUGUUGUUUCUUUAUAUGUACAUUACCAUAAACAUAAAUUGGACUUUUUAUAA